AUGAUUGGAGCCUUCUGCCAGCUCAAGACCAGGGCUGCAGGAAGUCGGUGCGGCUCCACCAAGUCAAAGGCGUCCUUUAAGAUCAUGCUUACGUCGGACCCGCGGCUGCCCUAUAAAGUGUUCAAUGAUCCUGAAAGUACACCUUUUACAGCAGUCUUAAAGUUUGCAGCACAAGAAUUUAAAGUUCCUGCCGCAACACAUGCAAUUAUUACCAGUGAUGGAAUAGGCACAAAUCCUGCUCAGACUGCUGGAAAUAUUUUUCUAAAGCAUGGUUCACAACUACGAAUUAUUCCUAGAGAUCAUGUUGGAAGUCAUUAA